AUGUCGUCGGCUUCGCUGGGUCAGUUGAAGUACACCUACACACAGGUGGUGGAGACUACACUGCAGCUUUGCGACGUGUCCGACCUACCGGCAGCCACACUGCUGGCGCUGGCGGAACGCUGGCGAAGCGUGCUGGCGAGGCGUCUCCUGGAGAUGCAGGAGAAGGAGGGCCUUGGACCCCCAGAGCAAGUGCAUUUGGAGGCGCCAGACGUCUCAGUGGUCUUCUCGAGCUAUCCCAAGGAUGAAGGUGACACCUCCGGCUUCACUUUGCUGGGUACCUGUGUCGACAUGGUGGUGCCUCCCCCCGCACUCACGGAGGCGCAGAGGACCUUUCCAACCGCCCCAGCGCUCAAGAGUGCAGAGGAUCUUCCAGCCUUGCCCUUUGAACCAGCUCCGGGGACUCCAGCGCCUGGACGCCCUUCGAAGCGAAAACGUCCAGGAACACCCAGUGCAACAAUCUCCCCGGGCACACCGCGACCGCCACCUCUGGCAGUGCUGAAUGCACAGGCGGGACAUCUCUCGCCGGUGCUGCAAAGUGUGCAAGAGGAGGAUGAGCAAUUUGCCGGUUGCUUUGAUGAUGCGGAGGUGAUCUUGCAGUCCCCGCCGCCACAAGAGGUGGUGCAGCGGGCAGAUGGUUCGGGCUCGGAGCUGGGCUCGGACCUGGAUGAUGUGGAGGAGCUCUUUGUUCCGGACGCGUUGAUCUUCACGAAGGUGGCCCGUGUCCGGAAGAACCCCAAGCGUUGGAGCGUGCGCUUGAAGGAGGGCGUCUUGCGGGUGAAUGAUUUGGAGAUGCUCUUCGCUUCAGGGCAGAUGCAGUUGGAUCUACCUGAGGCGCCCCAGGCGACGCUGGAGCCUUCAGGCGACCAAUGGAAUGAUCCUGCGUCCGUGGCGGAUGCUCCGGCAGACGCCCUGGCGAUCGUAGCGAGCUAG